CAAAGCUGAGGCAUACUGUUUAUAAUUUUCUAUUCUCUGACAAUGGACGCUUCCCUGGUGCGUCUCUCUCCGACGCCGGUGACGGCGGCGGCUUCACCGAAAGGGCCGCCGGAGUUUGAACCAGUUAUGGAGAAGAUGAAACAGAGGCUGCUGAAGCACGGUGUCCAUCCUACCCCUAAAAUCAUACGGAAUCUCCGGAAGAAAGAGCUUCAGAAAUACAACCGCCGAAUCAAACGACAAUCAGAGUCCGAUGCGGCGGGGUCUCCGGUGGUCACGGAGGCGCAGAGACAAGCUUUGGAGGAAGAGACCCAUUUCCGAACCCUAAGGCGGGAAUACAAGCAAUUCACGAGAGCUGCCAAAAAGGGCGGCGGAGCGGGCCAGGUCGACGGCGAUGGUGGUGAUGGUGGUUUGAUUGCGGGGAAGCCAUGGGAGGGUAUGGAGAGAGCGAGACUGAAGGAGCUCGUGAGUGGUGGUCGGAGAGAAGAGGUCGGUGGCGGGAAGCUGAGGAGGGAGAAUCUAGAUGAGCUGAAGGAAAUGCUGGAGCAGGAUCUCCGAUGGGUUCUCGAAGAUGAUAUUGAACUGGAAGGGCUUGAGUUGUCGGGAAACGACCGUUGGGGUUUUGAUCCUGGAAAACGGUGGGCCAGUGAGGGAGACGCUAUCAAAGUUCUUGUUAACAGGUUGAGUAGUAGGGAGAUUACAGAGAAGCACUGGAAGUUUGUGAGAAUGAUGAAGCAAUCAGGACUUCAAUUCACGGAGGCUCAGUUGCUUAAGAUUGUGGAUCGGUUAGGACAUAGAAGAAGCUGGAAACAAGCUUCAGCUGUUGUUCAUUGGGUAUACUCAGACAAGCAGCAUAAGCAUCUUAAGAGCAGGUUUGUGUACACUAAACUAUUGUCUGUUCUUGGGAUGGCAAGGAGGCCUGAAGAAGCACUCCAAAUUUUCAAUAAGAUGCUUGGUGAUCGCCAGUUAUACCCUGAUAUUGCGGUGUACCAUAGUAUUGCUGUGACACUUGGACAAGCCGGUCUCUUGAAGGAGCUGCUGAAAGUAAUCGAGUGCAUGAGGCAGAAACCGACUAAACUAAUUAAGAAUUCUCACCAGAAGAACUGGGACCCUGUGCUUGAACCAGACCUGGUUGUAUACAAUGCAGUUCUAAAUGCUUGUGUUCCCUCGCGUCAAUGGAAGGGUGUUUCAUGGGUAUUUGCAGAGUUGAGAAAAGGUGGUCUGCGACCUAAUGGAGCUACAUACGGACUUGCUAUGGAGGUUAUGUUGGAGUCAGAAAAGUAUGAACUUGUUCAUGAAUUCUUCAGGAAGAUGAAAAGCAGUGGGGAAACUCCAAAAGCAAUUACCUAUAGAGUUCUUGUCCGAUCUCUUUGGAGAGAAGGCAAAAUCGAGGAAGCUGUUGAAGCAGUCAGAGAUAUGGAACAAAGGGGAGUUGUAGGAACAGGGUCGGUCUACUACGAAUUAGCAUGCUGUCUGUGUAAUAACGGCCAUUGGCGUGAUGCAAUGCUCGAGGUGGAAAGAAUGAAAAGACUAGAGAACUGUAAGCCACUUGAGAUUACCUUUACGGGGCUGAUAUCAGCUUCCUUGGGCGGUGGCCACAUUGAUGACUGCAUAGCUAUAUUCUGUUACAUGAAAGACCAUUGCUGUCCGAACAUAGGGACAGUAAACACAAUGUUCAGGGUUUAUGGCCGGAACGAUAUGUUUUCAGAAGCUAAAAAGUUGUUCGAAGAGAUUAACGGUGGAAAAUUCCAUGCUUUGGUCCCAGACGAGUAUACGUACAGCUUGAUGCUUGAAGCUUCUGCUCGGGCGCUCCAAUGGGAAUACUUUGAGUUUGUAUAUCAGAAGAUGACUCUUUCUGGGUAUCAACUGGAUCAAACAAAGCAUGUGCUACUGCUAAUUGAAGCAUCCAGAGCCGGGAAGUGGCGACUACUAGAGCACGCCUUUGAUACUCUUCUGGAAGGUGGAGAAAUUCCUCAUCCAAUGUUAUUCACUGAGAUGCUGUGCCAUGCCACGGCUCAAGAUGAUUACCGGAGAGCCAUUGCCCUGAUCGAUACUGUGGCUCUUGCCCCUUUUCAGAUCGAUGAAGAACAGUGGACUGACCUUUUUGAGGAGAACAGAGAGUGGAUAACGCAGGAGAAUCUGGAGAAGCUGUUGGAUUGUCUCCAUGACUGUGAUUAUGCAGCAGAACCAACUGUCAUAAACCUCUCAAGAUCAUUGAAGUCCCUUUGUGGGAUUUCCUCUUCAAAAAUGGUGGAUGACAUUGAGAGACCGGUUGAUGAUUUGCUUAUUCCAACUACAGAUUCUCCAUACAUCACAUCUGUUAAUGGCAAUGAAAGAAGAGUAGUUGAUGUUCUGUCGGACACAUCUGACGACGAGCCUUUGGAUUUUACGGAGAGUGAGCUCCAGACGUUGGGUCUCGAAGAGCUUGUGGCAGCUGGAACUGAUGGUGAGGAAGAUGAAGAACAUGCUGAAGAAUCUGAUUCACCACCUGCAUAUGAAAUCCUGAAAGAAUGGGAGAAUAGCAGAAGAAAAGAUGGGAUGGUCCAAAAUUCUGCCCUUUUGUAGAGUUUGAGGCUGUUUUUUCUGUCUACAGUCUUAAUGUGAUUCACAUAUAAUCAUAAAUCUAGGAAAAACAAUCGUGAACUGAAAGAUUGUGUAACUUCCAUUUGUGUUAUAUUGCCAAAAAGAACCCUACUUUGUACCUGCAAACUUUCAAGCUUUCUUAUCUGAAA